UGGGUGGGAUCGCGCGGCAGAGACAAAGGAGAUCAGUAGGGCCGGACAUAGCUGCGCAGGGAAGUAGGGUGUCAGUUUGGGGUGGUGGGCUUUUGCGGGGGCUGUGGGGGGGGGUUAUAUUUAAACUCCCAGAGCCGUUAAGUUGGUUCGUACUCUGAUGCGCGCGCAACCAGGGUGGUGGCGGAGUGCGCAUGCGUGGUUCCGGGGCGAAGGGGACGCGCGCUCGCCGUGCGCGCUCGCGGCCGGGUGGUAGUGGCGGAGGAGAAAGGGGUCGGCGCACGCGCGGUUGAGUCCUCUAGUAGUUCGGGUCUCGCGGGCAUCUUGUUUUGGUCUCGCGGGCGAGUGGGGCGCACUUCGCGGGGAGGCGCUUGGGCGCGAGACUAGGCGAGAAGAGCAGAGCUGCGCGCGCGCUCGGGAAAGGGGGGGAAGGGAGCAGGGUCCAGGCAGGGAGGGUUAAGCCCCCUGAUCCCCCUCAUUACCCCGACUGGCACGGAAUAAGGGGAGGAAAUGAUCGAGAUGGCGGCGGAGAAGGAGCCGUUUCUGGUGCCGGCCCCGCCGCCGCCGCUCAAAGAUGAGUCGGGCGGAGGGGGCGGCCCCACGGUGCCACCGCACCAAGAGGCCGCCUCUGGGGAGCUCCGCGGCGGGACGGAGCGUGGUCCGGGUCCUUGCGCGCCAUCUGCGGGGUCCCCGGCCGCUGGGGUCGGUCGGGAGAGCCCCGGGGCCGCGGCCACCUCCCCCGGUGGUCCCCAGGCGCAGCAGCACCGAGGGGGCGGCCCCCAGGCGCAGUCGCACGGGGAGGCCCGCCUGUCGGAUCCCCCGGGGCGAGCCGCUCCCCCGGACGUGGGGGAGGAGCGCCGGGGAGGGGGCGGGACAGAGCUGGGUCCUCCUCCUCCUCCUCGACCCCGCAAUGGCUAUCAGCCCCACCGGCCACCUGGGGGGGGCGGGGGCAAGAGGAGAAAUAGCUGUAAUGUAGGGGGAGGUGGGGGAGGCUUCAAACAUCCGGCCUUCAAGAGGCGCAGGCGGGUGAAUUCGGACUGUGACUCUGUGUUACCCUCCAACUUCCUGCUGGGGGGCAAUAUCUUUGAUCCCCUGAACCUGAAUAGCCUCCUGGAUGAGGAAGUGAGCCGCGCCCUCAACGCGGAGACCCCUAAGUCAUCCCCCCUUCCGGCCAAAGGGCGCGAUCCGGUGGAGAUUCUCAUCCCCAAAGAUAUUACUGACCCGCUCAGUCUCAAUACUUGCACUGAUGAGGGCCAUGUAGUUCUUGCUUCGCCACUCAAGACUGGUCGGAAGCGGCAUAGACACCGGGGACAGCACCACCAGCAGCAGCAGGCGGCCGGAGGGAGUGAGAGCCACCCCGUACCGGCCACAGCCCCUCUCACCCCCUCACUCCACGGGGAGGGCGCCUCACAGCAGCCGCGGCACAGGGGCCAGAACCGGGAUGCCCCCCAACCCUAUGAACUCAACACAGCCAUCAACUGCAGGGAUGAAGUGGUGUCUCCCCUUCCAUCUGCUCUGCAGGGUCCCUCAGGCUCCCUAUCAGCCCCUCCAGCUGCCUCAGUUAUCUCUGCACCCCCAUCUUCCUCCUCCCGACAUCGCAAACGUCGCAGGACUUCCAGCAAGUCGGAGGCAGGGGCUAGGGGUGGAGGCCAGGGUUCCAAGGAAAAGGGCCGAGGGAGCUGGGGAGGCCGCCACCACCACCACCAUCCACUGCCUGCAGCAGGCUUCAAAAAGCAACAGCGCAAGUUCCAGUAUGGGAAUUAUUGCAAAUACUAUGGGUACCGCAAUCCUUCCUGUGAGGAUGGGCGCCUUCGGGUGUUGAAGCCUGAGUGGUUUCGGGGCCGGGACGUCCUAGAUCUGGGCUGCAAUGUGGGCCAUCUGACGCUGAGCAUUGCCUGCAAGUGGGGCCCGUCCCGCAUGGUGGGCCUGGAUAUCGAUUCCCGGCUCAUCCAUUCUGCCCGCCAAAACAUCCGACACUACCUUUCCGAGGAGCUGCGUCUCCCACCCCAGACUUUGGAAGGGGACCCGGGGGCAGAGGGUGAGGAAGGGACCACCACCGUUCGAAAGAGGAGCUGCUUCCCAGCCUCGCUGACUGCCAGCCGGGGUCCCAUCGCUGCCCCCCAAGUGCCCUUGGAUGGAGCGGACACAUCAGUCUUCCCCAACAAUGUUGUCUUCGUCACGGGUAAUUAUGUGCUGGAUAGAGAUGACCUGGUGGAGGCCCAAACACCUGAGUAUGAUGUGGUGCUCUGCCUCAGCCUCACCAAGUGGGUGCAUCUGAACUGGGGAGACGAGGGCCUGAAGCGCAUGUUUCGCCGGAUCUACCGGCACCUACGCCCUGGGGGCAUCCUGGUCCUAGAGCCCCAACCCUGGUCAUCAUAUGGCAAGAGAAAGACUCUUACGGAAACAAUCUACAAGAACUACUACCGAAUCCAACUGAAGCCAGAGCAGUUCACUUCCUACCUGACAUCCCCAGACGUGGGCUUCUCCAGCUAUGAGCUUGUGGCCACACCCCACAACACCUCUAAAGGCUUCCAGCGUCCUGUGUACCUGUUCCACAAGGCUCGAUCCCCCAGCCACUAAGUGGCCCCCUGAACAGAAAGUGUGAUGAGGCUGUCCUCUCUGCUCAUAAGGACCUGGGGGAAGAGGAAAGUGUCCCAAGGUCUUUCCUUUCUGACUCCAAAAAUAGUUUCCUUUCUUGGAUCUGCAAAGAAAGCUUUUCUUCCGUCGCUGCCUCAGCCUCCUCCCUACGCCUCUGGCACCUGCACAGCAAGGCUGGCUGUGCUGGAGUCACCAUCAUCUUCCUCUCCCCCAGCCUCCCAGGCUGGAUGGCAUGGACUGUUUGCUGACCUCUGUUCUCUUAGGGCAUGGGAGGUGGGAGGAUAUCAAAUUCUCUAGCCCUUUCCUCCUAUUCUCCCAAGGAGAGAGAUUCCCAUUUCUCCUCGGCUGUUGUCCCUAGCUCUUGUCCGUAGCUGCAUUUCAGUGGACCAUGGAUAGAUGGACUGAGGGUUAGAGGGGGAAGCCUGGCAGGGAGGCACGCAGGUACUGUGAAAAUCCUUCCCUCUGCCCUCCCCCAGUGGGAGAGGGGGUUGGGUUUUGAAUGUGAGAACAGCACAAUAAACUUGAUGUCUAGGGCAGUGGCCCCCA